AUGGUUGAGCCUGAAGCUGAAUCCAAACAUUUAUCGGUACAUGAUUUGAAACCUGAGUCCGUAGCUGAACCCAAAAUUGAGUUUGUAGCUAAAGAAAUACAUGAGCAUGUAUCUGACUUGAAAUUGAAGGAAAGUACUAAUUUGAAUCCAAAUAUUGCAGUGCAAGUGGUGAUUGACAUUGAUGUUGAGAUGUACUUUAUUACUGAUAAUAAAUAUAAAUGUCGAGAUGAUUUUAUUGUCUGGGUUCUUCGUCAAGCAACUAAGUCAAGAUUUUUGCUUGUAAUUACAAAAUUUGAUCAUGGUUGUGCAAUUAUUUCUCGACAACCAAAUAAUGGAAUCUUAGUGUUGCCAGGAUCACACAAUCAUGAGAUGGAUAAAAAAUUAGAAGGUCAUCUCGUUGUUGGUCAUUUAAAUGAGGAAGAUAAGGAACUUGGUGAGAUGACAAGGAACAUGGUCCUACCACAAAAUAUUCUAAUGACUUUGAAAGCCAAAAGAAAUGAAAUUGUGGCUACAAUGAAGCAAAUUUAUGAUGCGCGUCAAAGAUACAAGAAGACUAUAAGAGGUCCGAGAUCAGAAAUGUGA